GGGCACGAUGGAGGGAAGCAUAGGUUAGGCUGUAAUACGAAAUCAAUUCUCAAGACCCUCAAACGCAGUCAUCAUCUUUUCAUCUGCUUUGACUACUGAAUACGGCAAAUCAUAAACAAUGGAACAUUGAGCAGAGACACUGAAGAAAUCGAACCUCUAAUUCGGUGAUUCUUGGUGGAGCAGGUUGCCCACAACUCCGUGGUCUCUGCUCGAGCCCACCCUCCUGUCCUUGUGGGGCACGCCCACGGUAUCCGGCCUGGCCUGGCGUUCCUCCAUUGACUCGGCUAUCACCAUGAACUCGGAGGUGGCCGCCCAAUUGAUCCAAGUCUUGGAGAAGACCGUCUCCUCAGAUCAAAAUGAACUGACGGCGGCCUUGAAUUUCCUGGAGCAAGCGGCGGUCAACAAUUUGCCGGAAUUGCUGAAGACGCUGUCGGACAUCUUGGUACAUGGCGGGAAUUCGGCCGUGGCUCGGCGACAAGCCGGCCUCCAACUCAAGAAUCGGCUCACUUCCAAUGAUGACACGGUACGUGGACAGGUCCAGGAGCGAUGGCUGGCCAUGCCCCUCGAUAUCCGCACCUACGUCAAGCACAACAUCCUGGGCGCCUUGGGCUCCGAAGGCUACCGCCCAUCGGCCGCCGCCCAAUGCGUGCAGUACGUGGCCGUAAUGGAGUUGCCGCUCAACCAUUGGCCCGAGUUGCUCCAAGUGCUCGUGACCAAUGUGACCGAUCCCUCGAGUACGGAGAUGCGAAAAGAGGCCACGCUGGAAGCCAUCGGGUACAUUUGCCAAGAUAUCGAGCAACGAUGUCUGGAAGAGAAAUCCAACGAGAUCCUCACGGCCAUCGUGUUCGGAAUGAAACGCGAAGAACCCAGUAAUCACGUUCGAUUGGCCGCCACCAACGCCCUCCUCAACUCGCUCGAAUUCACGCGCGGCAAUUUCGAGAAAGAGACCGAGCGCCAUUUUAUCAUGCAAGUGGUGUGUGAGGCCACGCAAGCCACCGAUAUUCAAGUCAAGGUGGCGGCCUUGCAGUGUCUGGUCAAGAUCAUGUCCUUUUCUUCCAACAAGAGUUCACCCUUUAUGGUUGAUGAACUGACUUCACAACAGCGUAAUUGA